AGGUGGGAGCUAGGCAUGGGCGUGACUCCAGGUCUCCGUGCCACGCGGUCCCCCAUGGGACGUUCUGGGGGCCCCGCUGUGGCCCGAGUGAGUGCAGUGCUGGGCGGGGCUGCUGGGAAGGGCGCACCUGAGCGUCCGGGAGGCAGAAGAGGGAGGAGGCUCGGAGAGCUGGGCCCCGAAGUCAGCUGUGCUGCGGUGACUGAAGACGUAAAGUCUUACGAAGGAGAAAAGAGCGAGUCAGAACAGUCCACUCUCGGGGUCGGCCCCCAGAGGGCCUGCCUGUUCCGCUUCAACGUGCUCUCACUGGUCUACCUGCUGGUCCUGCUGCUGCUGCCCUGGUUCCCGGGCCCCUCCCGACACAGCAUCCGAGGUCACACCGGCCGCCUCCUCCAAGCCCUGCUGGGCUUCAGCCUCCUCUUCCUGGCAGCCCACCUCACCUUCCAGAUAUGCCUGCACACCGUGCCACGCCUGGACCAGCUUCUGGGGCCUAGCUGCAGCACCUGGGACAACAUCUCCCGCCACAUUGGGGUCACGAGGCUGGACCUGAAGGACAUCCCCAACGCCGUCCGCCUGGUGGCCCCCGACCUGGGCAUCCUGGUGGUCUCCUCGCUGUGCCUCGGCCUCUGCAGGCGCCUCGCGCGGACGGCCGGGCAGAGCCAGCACGCCCUGGAGCUGCAGGACGAUGACAGCAGGGACAUGGACACCAGCUCCAUGGGGGGGCUGCAGGAAGCCCCCGAUCAGCCCUCCAAGCGGAGGUCUUGGCUGGCUGCCCGGUUCCGGAUCACAGCCCACUGGCUGCUGGUGGCCGCUGGGCGGACCCUGGCCAUCGUGCUGCUCGCGUUAGCAGGCAUCGCCCACCCCUCAGCCUUCUCCAGUGUCUACUUCCUGGUCUUCCUGGCCCUCUGCACCUGGUGGGCCUGCCACUUCCCCAUCAGCCCCCUGGGCUUCAGCGCACUCUGCGUCAUGGUGGGCUGCUUCGGUGCCGGCCAUCUCCUCUGCCUCUACUGUUACCAGACGCCCCUCGUCCAGGCCGUGCUCCCGCCUGCCAGCAUCUGGGCCAGGGUGUUCGGUCUCAAGGACUUUGUGGCCCCCACCAACUGCUCCAGCCCCCAUGUGCUGGUCCUCAACACCAGCCACGACUGGCCCGUCUACGUGAGCCCCGGCAUCCUGCUGCUGCUCUACUACACCGUGACCUCGCUCCUGAAGCUCCGUGCACGCCAGCCGCCAGGCCAGAGGCAGGAGGCGGCCGGGCGCAAUGAGGAGCGGGAGGUGGAGCUGACCGAGGUGGACCAGUGGCCCCAGGGCCAGGCCAGGGCUGCAGCUGCCCAGGAGGAGGGGGGCACCCAGCUCACAGCGCCCCCGCCCACGAGGCUGGACCCCGAGGACAACUGCAUCGUGCACGACCUCACCGGCCACAGCCCUGUCCAGCAGCACCCCGUGCGUCCUAGGCUAACUGAGCCCAAAGAGCCAUCUCCGCUGCACGGCCUGGGCCACCUCAUCAUGGACCAGAGCUAUGUGUGCGCCCUCAUCGCCAUGAUGGUGUGGAGCAUCACCUACCACAGCUGGCUGACCUUCGUGCUGCUGCUCUGGGCCUGCCUCAUCUGGACUGUGCGCAGCCGCCACCAGCUGGCCAUGCUCUGCUCCCCAUUCAUCCUGCUCUAUGGGCUGGCGCUCUGCAGCCUGCGCUACGUGUGGGCCAUGGACCUGCAGCCUGAGCUGCCCACCACCUUGGGCCCCGUCAGCCUGCGCCAGCUGGGGCUGGAGCACACCCGCUACCCCUGCCUGGACCUCGGCGCCAUGCUGCUGUGCACCCUGACCUUCUGGCUCCUGCUCCUGGGGGUCACGGGGCCACAGGCUCACGGGCAGCUGCAGCACCUACAGCAGGAGUCCCACAGAUGGGGGUGGGGCAGGAAUGGGAGGGGCCUGUGGGGCCACCCCAUAAGUGCAGGUGGGAAGGACACUUUGGGGUCCUGUCCUAGGCAGGACGCGGUGAGCGGGACCCCACUGCUGCAACAGGAGGAAGAGGAGGCCCCCAGGGACGAGGGGCUAGGCACAGCAGGCCCCUCCCAGGCCUCGCAGGCCCCAGAGGCCAGCAAGUGGGGCCUGGUGGCAGAGAGGCUGCUGGACCUGGCCGCCGGCUUCUCAGACGUCCUUGCCCGCGUGCAGAUGUUCACGCAGCGCCUGCUGGAGCUGCACGUCGUAAAGCUGGUCGCACUGUACACUGUCUGGGUGGCCCUGAAGGAGGUGUCAGUGAUGAACUUCCUGCUGGUGGCGCUCUGGGCCUUCGCCCUGCCCUACCCACGCUUCCGGCCCACGGCCUCCUGCCUGUCCACUGUGUGGACCUGCGUCAUCAUCGUGUGCAAGAUGCUCUACCAGCUCAAGGUCGUCAACCCGCACGAGUACUCCAGCAACUGCACUGAGCCCUUCCCCAACAGCACGAACCUGCAGAAGACGGAGGUCCAUGACUCUCUGCUGUACCGGGGCCCCAUUGACCCUGCCAACUGGUUUGGGGUGCGGAAGGGCUUCCCAAACCUGGGCUACAUCCAGAACCACCUGCAGAUCCUGCUGCUGCUGGUGUUCGAGGCCAUGGUCUAUCGGCGCCAGGAGCACCACCGCCGCUGGCACCAGCUGGGCCCACUGCCCGCCCAGGCCGUCUGCGCUGACGGCACCCGCCAGCAGCUGGACCGGGACCUGCCCAGCUGCCUCAAGUACUUCGUCAACUUCUUCUUCUAUAAAUUUGGGCUGGAGAUCUGCUUCCUGAUGGCUGUGACUGUGAUCGGGCAGCGCAUGAACUUCAUGGUCAUCCUGCACGGCUGCUGGCUGGUGGCCAUCCUCACGCGCCGGCGCCGUGUGGCCAUCGCCCGCCUCUGGCCCAACUACUGCCUCUUCCUGGCGCUCUUUCUGCUGUACCAGUACCUGCUGUGCCUGGGCGUGCCCCCUGCCCUGUGCAUCGACUACCCGUGGCGUUGGAGCCGGGCCGUCCCCAUGAACUCCGCCCUCAUCCAGUGGCUGUACCUGCCCGACUUCUUCAGAGCCCCCAACUCCACCAACCUCAUCAGUGAGCACCUGCUGCUGGAGCCCCGCCACACGGGGGGCUGGGUUCCCUUGUGGACGGGCAGUGUGCGAGCGGGGACCCUCCUCUCCAGCCCACGAGGGACGAGGCCCAGGCCUCACCGGCUGGUCCAGCCCUGUAGCUCCCUAGCAGGGGUCUUUGUUCCAUGAGUGUGCCCAGUCCUG